CAGCUAGUGAUAUAUAUGGUUUUUCUAUGAUUAUGUGGGAAUUUACAUCUGGAGUGCCACCAUUUAAUAAUAGAGCACAUGAACUUCAACUUAGUUUAAGUAUUUGUAAGGGUGAACGUCCUGAAAUUAUUGAAAAUACUCCACAAUGCUAUGUAGAUUUAAUGAAAAAAUGUUGGGAUGAAAAUCCAUUAAAAAGGCCAUCUUCUGAAGAAGUUUUAGAAAUUAUUGAAGAAUGGAUUUUUCUUCCAUAUCAAAUGAAAGCUAAGGAUAUUAAUGAAAAAUUAAAAUGCAAUGUUAUGGAAUUUAUAAAUGCACCAAUUGAGCAUAAUAACCUUUCUACUGAAUCUCAUCCA